AUGUCUUUGAAGGUAUUUUCUCAACAUGCAGAUGUGAGUUUGAGAUUUCAUAUCCCCACAGAAGACGCAGAGCAGGAGGAAGAAGAGGAGGCAAUGGCAGCUUCUCAGGGAUGGCUGACAUUCUGGGAUGUGGCCAUAGACUUCACUGAAGAGGAGUGGGAAUACCUGGACCUCGGGCAGCGAGAAUUGUACAGGGACGUGAUGUUAGAGAACUACAGGAACCUGGCCUCCUUGGCUGUGUCUUCUCACAACACCCGUGGUUUGAUGUCAAAGAAUCCGAGAUUAGAAAAUUUAAUCCAAAAAACAAACCUAGGAAUAGAUGAAAGAGCUCACCUUGGAAACGAACAUUUAAUGAAAGACCAGGAAUAUUCGGGGUCUUCAAAUCUCACUCAACAGCAGAGUAUUCAGAAUCCACAGAAAAGUUACAAGUGUCAGAAAUGUGAGAAAGCCUUUACUAACUCAACCAGUCUAAGUAGACACAGGAAAACUCAUUCAGGAUGGAAACCUUCCAAAUGUACAGAGUGCAGCAACACCUUUAAUCAGAAUUCAGAGCUUAGUCAAGAUCAGCAAGUCCACACUGGCAAGAAACCUUAUGAAUGUAAAGAAUGUGAAAAAGCAUUUAGGUCUUCCUCAAACAUUAGUCAACGUCAGCGAAUUCACACUGGGGAGAAGCAUUAUAAGUGUACAAAGUGUGGCAAAGCCUUUAAUCAGAAGUCACAUCUUACUGAACACCAGAGAAUUCAUACUGGAGAGAAGCGUUAUAAAUGCAAAGAAUGCGGAAAAGCCUUCAGUCACAACUCAACUCUUACUAACCACCAGCGAAUUCAUACUGGGGAGAAGCCUUAUAAAUGUAAGGAUUGUGGCAAAGCAUUUAAACAGCUGUCAUGUCUAACUAAACAUCAAAGAAUUCAUACUGGAGAGAAGCCUUAUAAAUGUAAGGAUUGUGGCAAAGAAUUUAACCAGUGCUCAAGUCUUACUUACCAUCAGAGAAUUCAUACUGGAGAGAAGCUUUAUAAAUGUAAAGAAUGUGGAAAAGCCUUCAGUCACUACUCAAAUCUUACUCAACACCAGAGAAUUCAUUCUGGAGAGAAGCCUUAUAAAUGUAAAGAAUGUGGAAAAGCCUUCACCUUCAGUCACUACUCAAAUCUUACUCAACACCAGAGAAUUCAUACUGGAGAGAAGCCUUAUAAAUGUAAAGAAUGCGGAAAAGCCUUCAGUCACUACUCAAAUCUUACUCAACACCAGAGAAUUCAUACUGGAGAGAAGCCUUAUAAAUGUAAGGAUUGUGGCAAAGAAUUUAACCAGUGCUCAGGUCUUACUUACCAUCGGAGAAUUCAUACUCGAGAGAUGCCUUAUAAAUGA